AUGGCUGAGAAGACCAUCUCCAAUCUCGACCGCCGUCCUUCAGAGAGCACCACAGAUACCGAAUCAUAUGAGCCAAGACAGCAGGAGGGUGGCUACGCAGCCUGGUCCACAGUCAUGGGCUCUGUUCUCAUUUACUAUGCUGCUUCCGGUCUCAUGAACAGUUUCGGGUUCUUCCAGGAUUACUAUAGCAAAGAGCUCCUUCAUCAUAUCCCUGCACCAAACAUCGCGUUCAUUGGAACUUUGCAGAUGGCAUUAUGCAAUAUCUUUGCAUCAAUCUCUGGCGCUCUAUGCGAUCGGUACGGCGUGAAAGUCAGUAUCCUCCAUCAACCUUCCGCAGACGGAGAGCUUACCAAAUCCCAGUACCUCUAUAUUGGCUCAGGCACCGGCAUGGUGGUUUCCCUUCUAAUUCUGACUUACAUACCAACCUCCCAAUUUCUGCUAGUCCUCAUGACCCAAGGUCUCAUGCUUGGUCUGUCAACCGCCUUCGCCGUCCAACCCGCACUCACUGUCGUGGGCCAGCACUUCAAAGACAAACGCGCGCUUGUCAUGAGUCUAGUCUGUAUAGGGUCUUCACUGGGCGGUAUUGGCUUUCCACUCAUGUUCAACAAACUGGUUCCCCGAUUGGGCUUCGCAAACGCUCUUCGUAUCGCUUGCUUGAAGAUUGCACUGUGCUAUUCCAUUGCGCUGUUUCUUUCUACGAGUAAGCACAGUAAUAACCCUGAGCGUAAGAGCCGAACGCCUUUGAUAGACUUUGGGGGGUUUCGAGACUUUCGAUAUGCAGUACUUUGUGUGGGUAUGUGGUUUACUAUCCUCGGUUUGUGGAUUCCGGCAUACUAUAUCAAAACAUACACGGCUGCCGCAUAUGGAAACAACGACAUCAGCCAGUAUUUCUUAUGCAUAAUAAAUGGCUGCAGCAUCGUUGGCGCAAUAUUUGCUGGUACCAUGGGCGAUCGAAUCGGCCGUCUGAACCUCCUAUGGCCUAUGGUCUUGAUGUCUGGCUGCCUAUGUCUCUUCCUCUGGCUUCUCAGCACCUCGAUGCCCACUCUAGUUCUCUUUAUCAGCAUGUACGGCUUCUUCAGCAGUAGUGUAUCAGCUCUGCCGGCGUCAAUCAUCGGCCAAAUUACACCAGACGAUAAAUUGGGCGCUCGCACUGGGGCUUUCUUCAGCCUCAUUUCUGCUGCAAGUCUAGGAGGAACACCAAUUGCGGGUGCGCUGAUCAGUGACGCAAACAGUAGAGAUGGGUAUAGAUGGCUAAUCUUGUUUUCGGGAACUGCAUUGGUUUUGGGUUCAGUGUUCAUGCUAGCCAGCCGGUUGCUACAUACUCAAGAUCUUCGCAAGAAGUGGUGA